AUGGACCUCAUCGAAGAACUCCCUUGCUGGGGUGUCGCCGUGAAAGAUCCUCUACACUAUUCCAAAAUGCUUCAUCAUAAUAUGAGUCUAGAUAUACCUACACCAGAAAUUGUGCCUAGUUCAGUAGCCCUAUCAAAACUUGACGGUUCAGCUAAGAUCGGGACUAUCACAGAAGCCACAACUGGGCCAUAUCAAAAAGUUCUUGACUGGGGUCGACAAGAACAUUAUUUCAAAUUAGCUAAUAUUUUCCACACGAAUAAUUACUAA